AUGGCACCUCGCAGCGAAAAGAGCCAAUUGAAGCGCCAGCGCGGUUCGCUGCCCGAGGACGCAACCGAGUCUAAGAAGCCUCGGAGAUCGGACCGUCUGUCAUCGCAAACUGUGGGUGCUGUUGGUGCCACCGGCGCCGGCGCUGACAAGACGCCCGUCACUAACAGGCAGCAUCUGCCGUCUCCCGUUACGCACGUCGCCGCUGAGGAAUCGAGCGAUGCCAACAAGGAGGCCACUCCUACACCCUCUGCGGGCAAGCACGAGGAUGUCACUCCGCGAAAGACCGACGAAGCCUUCCCCCAGAGUCAGGCUUUGUCAUCACCGCCCCAAGACACGCAGCCGCUCAGCCAGUUUGUCGAUCGACACCCUGCACUCUCCGACGAUGUAGAGGACGAGGUCAAGGAAGGUGUUUGGGGAUACUUGGUGCCUCUAGAUCCCAAAUAUGGCGAUAAGCCAUUGGUGCUAAAGAGACGAAACGCAUGCCCACAGCCAGAUAGCGUGGAUGCUGCCGUGAAUGGUGAAAAAACACCUCUAGACACCAACAAACCUGCUCCCAUCCGGGCUGAAGAAACCCUUGAGCGCAAAAAUGCAAAGGGAGCGGCUUCGGGUGGCUAUUUAAUAGGCCGACAUCCUGAGUGUGAGAAUAAUGGGACGGACACGGUCGCUAUUGUAGAGGAUCUUUCCAGCAACGGCACCUUUGUCAACGAGGCCAUUGUUGGUCGUAAUCAACGCCGAGAACUCGAGGAUCAGGAUGAGAUUGCGGUACAUGGCAAGGCCAGGUUCAUUUUCAGGUAUCCCCAGAGCCGACACACGAGCGCCUUUUCGCAACAGUAUGCGUUACUAGAGAAGCUCGGCAAGGGCCAUUUUGCCGAGGUGUACCUCUGUAUCGAAAGAUCUACUGGCCAACGGUAUGCCGUCAAAAUCUUUACGAAGCCUCCUGGUAUGGAGGACAAAUCCAAGACGGAAGGUCUCCAGCAGGAAAUCGGUGUCUUGAUGGGUGUCAGCCAUCCAAACGUAUUGUGCCUCAAGGAUACGUUCAAUGAGCGUGAUCGAGUGUAUCUCGUCUUGGAACUGGCCUCGGAGGGCGAGCUGUUCAACUUUAUUGUAAUGAAGCAGAAGCUCACCGAAGAUGAGACGAGAAAACUGUUCCUCCAACUCUUCCAGGGGAUCAAAUAUCUCCAUGAACGAAACAUUGUGCACCGAGACAUCAAGCCGGAGAAUAUUUUGCUUGUCGACAAAAACCUGCACGUCAAGUUGGCUGACUUUGGCCUCGCCAAAAUCAUCGGCGAAGAGUCAUUUACUACGACCCUUUGCGGAACCCCCAGCUAUGUCGCCCCUGAAAUUCUUGCCGACUCUAAGCAACGCAAAUACACCAAAGCCGUCGACAUUUGGUCGCUGGGUGUUGUGCUGUACAUCUGCCUUUGCGGUUUCCCCCCCUUCUCCGACGAGCUCUACUCUCGCGAUUUCCCUUUCACUCUGUCACAACAGAUUCGAAGCGGUCGAUUUGACUACCCCUCCCCGUACUGGGAUUCUGUUGGUGACCCUGCUCUUGACCUCAUCGACUCCAUGUUAAUCGUAGAUCCAGAACGCAGGUUCACUGUGGAACAAUGUCUUGCCCAUCCCUGGAUGACCCAGAACAGCCCCGGUGUAAAUGACAGCACCGGCGGCCUUGUGGGAGGCAUUGCUGGACUGGAAGUAAACCGCCGUGCACCAGCUCGGGAAAGAACUCUGCUUGCAACGUUGAACUCUGUUCAAGUCACCGCUCAAGUUGCGGUUGGCGAUGAUAAGGCUCCGGUAAAGGUAUUUUCCAAAAACCAGCAGCGAAUUACGAACGCUUCAAAAGAGAAGGCACCAGACCACCAUCGAGCCGCUGGGGAAUUCAUGGAGAUGGGAGGCAAGGGCGAUCAGCAGCUAUUUGGUGACGACAGUGGAAGCAUAUACGCGACAGCGACGAGGACUGGCCAGAAAGGCAAGGCUCACGACCGAUAA